AUGGCCGAUCCCCGCUAUGGCUCCUACAGGGAUCUUGCCAAGAGCUAUGAGAGCGAGCUAGAUAUCUUGAUCGACCAGGGUGUCUAUAAGCCCAUGUUUCUCUACCAUGUGGUCAUAAUUCAUGUUUUGCCCAUGAUAGGCCUUGCCAUUCCACGCAGCAGCGGCGGCCAUCAUAUUCGGAAAGUGCUUUUUGCUGUCUGUGUGGGCAUUGCCAUAGAAAUCUUUCAAAACCGUCGCGCGGUCGUUGGAGGAAAUGGUUACAUGCUCGGGCUUAUGACCGCAUGGUGGCUGAUAUGGACUGCCACGUUGUUUAUUUUCACGGAUCUUGAGCGUGAUCACAAGCGUAUCGAAAGAAAGCCUUCUAGCGGGCAACUCCAGGAUUUGCAACUUGACCAGAACAACAAUCCUGCUUCGAAUGAUUCAUCAUCCAAACGACUUGAAAGUGAUGCAUUUGUCUGGCAGUCUUACCCUGCCAAGUUCUCGCAUCGUCUGGAGUGGUGUGCUGGAUUGUUUUUCAAUCUUAGAGGACCGGAGUGGAAUUGGCGAGCUCCUCAUUUAGGCCCAUUGCCUCGAUCAAUUCAUGUCCAGUUGCAUUCGGGGUUCACGGAGAAUAUCAAAGCACAAGAAGACUCUACGUUCCCAACUGCUAAAGAGCGAGUCCGGGCUGCAUUUCGCAGAUUUUUCAUCUCAUAUCUCAUUUUGGAUGUCCUGAAAGUCAUUAUACUGAUGCCAGACCCAUAUUUCCGUGGCAUUGCUCCAUCUUAUUCAGUUUCGCCUCCACCAUUUCCAUUUUUCUACUUCCCAGGGCUGGAGAUUCACCCUGUUCUAGCCCAGCUCUGUCGCUGCCUAUACAGCGCUGGAAGUGUCUAUGUUGCCCUUGAAUUUGUUACCCCAUUGAACGCAAUAUUCUUCCUCGGGCUGUCUCUCGCAUUCCCCAAUGCAGCCCGGGGCCUCACUGCUGCUCCGCUGGGAACUUCGUGGUUGUAUUCUGACACAUUCGGACCUUUCAUCCAACCUGUCCUUGAUAAUGGACUGGCGGGCUGUUGGGGCAAAUGGUGGCACCAGCUGUUUCGAAAUGGGUUUGUGAAUACAGCACGAUGGAUUCUAUCCUUUUUACCUACCAGCCUGACUUCUCGGUUGAAUUUCAGACGCUUUGUGUACGUGACGGUGGCUUUCUGCAUCAGCGGUCUCAUCCAUGCUUGCGGAAGCCGCACUCAGCUUGCGACUACACGUCCGGUAUCUGGGCCGUUUUUGUUCUUCGCUUUGCAGGGCGUUGCAAUACUGGCGGAGCAGGUGUUCAAGACUGGUGUUCUCCCAAGACUGCCCCUUGACGGUACACCCAGAUGGGUGAGACGGACGGCAAAUUUUUCGAUUGUCUUUUGCUGGUUGAUGGCUUCGGGCUGUCUCAUUGCAGAUGACUUUGCGAGAGGAGGCCUGUGGCUAAUGGAGCCUGUCCCAUUUAGUCCAUUGCGUGGUCUUGGAUUCGGAAUGCAAGGUGAAGGUUGGUGGUGUUGGAGAGAACCCUGGUUCCGAUAUUGGAGUGAUGGUACAUAUUGGGGAAGUGGUAUACGGGUUUUGUGA